UUAAUGUUUGUUGUUAAAUAGGUAAUUGAACUAAUAAUGUCAGUUGUAUUAUGAUCUGCUACAUUCGGUUUCCUUCAGUUAUCACGUAAUGUUUAUAUAUAAUAGCAUAUUAACGAAAAACCUUAAUAUAAGGACUAUAGUCUCAUGUUAAAAUGACCGAAAAUGUUGAGGGACAAACUGAGAAAAGUUCCUGGGAAAAUCUUAGGAAUUGGAUACAUUGUGUAUGUGUUGUGACUUUCGAUUUAGAAAUAGGCCAAGCUUUAGAGACUACAUUCCCUAAUGAUGUUAACUUGAGUAAACAAGAAAUUUCUAACAUAUGUUAUUUGGCAUUUCCUGAUUCAAAUUCAGGAUGUAUUGGUGACACAAAUUUCAUAAUAAGAUUACAGAGUAGUCCAGGAAAUAGGAUUCUGAAGCGAGAACACCUCAUCUAUAAUUCAAAAUGUCCAUUGGAAUUGCAAAUCAAUCCCUCAUAUUUCUGGGGAUAUGUUUAUUUCAGACAAGUCAAAGACCCCUCUUUACCGAGAGGCUAUUUUCAAAAGAGUUUUGUGAUAGUAAGCCGUUUACCUUUCAAUAAUUUAUUCUCGAAAAUAUCUUGUCUAAUUGCACCCGAAUAUUUCCAAAAUGGAGAAUUGAGUUUAGAAGCUGUAUGUAAUAACAUAGAUAGAUGGCCAGCACCAAUUCCUGGUAUUCCCAUCAGUUUACCCCUAUUAGGAUCAGUGUUUCAGAUGAAAAUUCCAGUUAAUGGAAGUUCGAAUAAAAAUGUAGGAUAUUCCAUCAAUGAAAACUUGGAGAACCACAUUCAGACAUCUGUUGAAGACCUGAAUUUUUUCACAAUUUUACAACCUGUUAUGUCGCAUAUACAUUUAUUGUGGGAAUUGGUUCUAACUUGUGAGCCACUGGUUAUCAUGGCACCAUCUCCUACUCUUUCUUCCAACAUGGUUCUAGCAUUAACAAGAAUAAUAGCUCCUCUCAGAUAUUGUGGGGACUACAGACCUUAUUUCACCAUACAUGACAGUGAAUUUAAGCAAUUCACUAAUAAAAGCCCUGGACCCCCUCCUGUCAUAUUAGGAGUAACAAAUCCUUUUUUUGGAAAGACACUUUUCCAUUGGCCACAUUCCAUAAGACUAGAUGAUACUGAUCAGACACAUUCACACAAAUUGAAGAAGAAAACUAAUAUGAAAUUGUUGGAUAACAGUCCAGGAGUUUACACCACAUAUAAGUCGUUUUUGCAAAAAGAUAAAUCUAUAAUAAAAAAACUGGUCAAUGGCAUCACAAGAAAGAGACCUUCUGAAGUCCAAUCCGCUCUAUUGAAAAGACAUCUUCUUGAACUUACUCAAAGUUUUAUGAUUCCCCUUGAAAGGUACAUAGCAAGCUUGAUGCCCUUACAGAAAAAUAUUUCUCCCUUCAAGGCUGCCCCAAGUCCUUUGCCCUUCAAUCCUGAUGACUUUUUUCAAGCUCUAGAAACGGCUGGUCCUCAGUUGACUACUGGUAUCAAGGGUGAUUGGGUAGGACUAUACAAGAGAUUUUUCAGAUGUCCUAAUUUUGAUGGAUGGUUCAAUACCAGAUACUCUGAGCUGUACUCUAAACUUCAAGCUCUUCAUUUGGAGGCCCUUUCAGAUGCUGAUCUGAAGUUAUGGGUACAAGGCCGUCCAGAGGUCGAGGUAGUGGACAUGGUGAUAAAAAUACGGAACAAAAUCAAUGAAUGUAAAGAACAAAAUUUACCAGUAAGUGAUAGUGAUAAAGUUAAAGAACAAUUAAAUCAAAGACUUCAAGAUAUUAUAAGCUCUCUUCCUGAUGAUAUGAAGAAUAUACUUAAAGUUUCAUGAUAAUGAUAUCGAACAAAAUUCUGAGAUAAUUGUUACUGAUCUGCUCAAAAUGUACAUUAUUUUUGUAUUUGGAAUAAGGGUAGAUGUGGUAUUUGUAUUCUGGCCUGCCCUCAAAUUAUAGAUCAAAUUGAUAUACUUUAAUCAUUUUACAGUUUUGUAUCCAUCACAUUUCAGAUAUUCUAAAUGAUAAAAAAAAUAUGUGCCAAAACAGUUUUAAUAUAUAUCACCGUACAAAAUAUCGAUUUUAUAAGGAUAUUCUAAAAUGAUCAGAUAAUAUUUUUCUUAUGGCAUCCAUUCUGUACCAUUAUGAUUCGAAUCAAUAUUUUUUUGCAGCUUUUUCUCGAUUGAAAAUAUUUUGAGAUGUUUAUAAAAUGCUAAAUUCAAGGUUCAUCCUUGUUGAAUGUGACGAACUGCUCAAUACAUUAUUGAGUAGUAAGACCUAUUGUUUUUGAUAUGAGUACCAGUGAAUGGGAAUCUUGAAUUUGGUUUUAUGUUGGAAAUAUGACCCUUUGUUCACUUAAACAGCUCUUAUUAUAUAAUUGUUGGAUGAUUGACCUUUACAUCAGAUUGUAAAUUUUUUUUGAAAUAUAGAACUGUUGAUUCCAA